AUGCCUCCCAAGGGGAAGUCCAAGGUUCUGCUGGAGGCCUCAUCGCUGGAGCUCCCGUCUAUGUCUUCAGGAGCUGCUACCUCGUCGCCUGUUCCUGCUCUUGCCUCAUCGGAUCCUGCAGGCAAAGGCAAAGGCAAGGUGGAAGAAACCGGCAACGUGACCUAUGCUGAAGCUACGGCGAGCGGCUCCGGCCUCUCCUUGGAAGAAAAGCUGCGCUCCUUACGCACGGCUGCUCCUGACAGCGGGUUCCUUGAGGACGACUCCGACGAGGAGCUCGAAGUUGACAUCAAGACGGAAGCUUUCAACCACGUUCGCUACACGGCGAUUCUUCUGCUCCCCAUGGCCCUCUCCUUGGAAGUGGCUUCGGUCAUCACCACGGUCCGUACCCUGAUGAAGCGUGUGUGGUCGUCCAUGCUCUCUGACGGUGCUGCUGACUCGGCGAAGUUCCAGGAGCUUCUCCCGGCAUACGUGGCGAAGACUCGUUAUAGUCGGCUGCAAGUCUCUCUCCUGCGUGAAGAUGAUAUCAUGAGCAUCAGAUCGAAAGAGGUGGAAUACACGCGUCCGAAUGGCACGGUCUUCAGACUCUACUGGCAGCAUACCGACAACCCAGCGUUCGUGCGGGAGAAGGCGACGAAUGCUCAGGCGAUCGAAGUUUUGAUCCGCGACGUAACUGCGACGAAGACGCCUGAGAUGCUGCGGGAACUGAUGGUAGUUUACCAGUUGCGGAACCGGAAGCGUUCGGCGUUCAAGGAUGGUCUCUGUUUCCACCGCGUUCUGCACCCGGUCACUGCUGCCUCUCUCCCGGCUUCGCCGCUGAUCACUCCUAUUCUGCUGGAUCCGGCGAUCGUGCUUAUCUCCACGGGUGGAAACCGAGAGGAGUGGAUCUGCACGCAAGUGGGUUGUGGGAAGGCCAAGGGAAAGAGCUUCAUGUCUGCGGCGGAUCACAUCACCACGGCCAACCACCUCAUUCAUCUGGAACAGCUCGGCUCUGCUACACGUGCCUCUCUCGAGAAAGCGAGUCUCAACGUCACCAGGAAAGACUAUGGAUUCUGA